AUGGAGGGAAAGAAGUUCUCUGCACAAGGUCUGAUGUGCAGAAUCAAUGCCUGGUUCAGCAUCAUCAGGAAUGCGCCCCAAUUUGUGAAGAGCGCUUCUUUGAAAGCAAUGAGAGACAUACGAACAAGGGACAUUGCCUGGAAACCACCACCAGCUGGGUGGAUCCAGCUCCAAAGUGAUGGAUCGGUUCAUAGUGGAACAGGGAAGGCUGCGGCGGGAGGUCUUCUUCGUGAUCACCUGGCAGAUGCAGCUGUAAUUUGGGAAGCUGCUCGAUUACCAGUGCUGAACUGA